AUGUCGCGUUCUUCGACAAUUUACGACGGCCAAUAUGUCGUCGAGCUGGGCCUUGGACCGCAUGCCAGCUCGGAAGAGACGCUUGCGCCCAAAGGCGUUCAUCCUCGAUCGUGGGGACGCGCUCGAAAGACGUGGGACACGAGCUUGAUUGUGUUCCUCGAGUUCUUCACAUAUCUCAUCGGCCAAACCAUCGGUGGAGCUGUCUUUCCCCCCUUCUCGGAGUCUUUCGGCCGCAAGAAGCUCUACGUCAUCAGUACCGUCUUCUACAGCUUGUUCUGCAUCCUGAUCGGAAAGGUUCCUACCAUUGCCGGGAUCGUUGUCGGCCGUUUCGGCAGCGGGUUUCUUUCUGCCAUCCCGACGGUGAUUGCGACUGGAAGUAUUGAGGACUUAUGGGAUACACACGCGCGAGUGUGGUGGAUGUUUUGGUGGGCGUUGUUGGCCAACCUUGGUAUCCUGGCGGGACCUGUCUUCGGAGAGCUGAUUACGGCGCAGGCUGCUUGGCAAUGGGUGUUCUAUGCCGCAGCAAUCGUGACAGCUGUCGUGGCAAUUCUCUUUCUCACUAUCAACGAGUCGCGCCCGUCGGUGGUGCUGGGUCACGCGAUGGCGAAGGAUGAUGCCGAAAGCAAGGGCAGCAAGUGGCACAUCCCGCUGAGCUACGAAAAGUUCGACAUCGUCCGACCUCUUCGGCUGCUAUUCACCGAGCCGAUCGUGUUCUUGGUGGCUUUCAUCAGCGCCAUUGCGUUCGGCCUCAUCUACCUUUUCACGGAGGUAUUACCAAUGGUCUACGAAGAACUAGGUUUCACCGACGGCUGGAAGAACAUACCCUUCCUUGCUCUAGUCAUUGGUAUGCUUCUCAGCGUGCUUACCAGAUUUUACGACCGCCACGUGCUGGCCAACGCGAAACUGCCCGUCUCCCCUGAGUCGAAGUUUACCGGAUACCUCAUCGGAGCCCCGGCACUGGCCAUCGGUCUCUGGUGGUUCGCGUGGACAAUCCCUCCGUACGCAUCUAUCCACUGGAUAGUCCCAACCCUGGCCCUCGUGCCGGUUGGGUAUGCGGUCAACGAGUUUGACCACGUCUUGGCCGGGUACCUAUCCGACUGCUACGAAACAUAUACGGCUAGCAGCUUCGCCGCGUUGGCGCUCACUCGGUCUCUGUUCUGCGCAUCAUUCCCGCUCUUUGGCCGUAUUCUGUUUGAUGCGCUCGACUUUAACAGAGCUUCAUCUUUGUUUGCCGCGUUAGCUACGGGUCUUUGCAUCGUACCGCCGAUGCUGGUACGGUAUGGUGCCUGGUUGAGAGGACGGAGCAAGUACGCGCAUAAGUGA